AUAUAUUUGCACGUAAGCCUCUUCAUCCAACCCAACCCUCUCUUUCUCUCUUUUUCUCGGAACGCUACUAACUGCCAUGGCAAAGAAUGUGGGGAUUCUCGCUAUUGACAUCUACUUCCCUUCUACUUGUAUUCAACAGGAAGUGCUUGAGGCUCAUGAUGGUGCCAGUAAAGGGAAAUAUACCAUUGGACUUGGUCAAGAUUGCAUGGCGUUUUGUACAGAAGUAGAAGAUGUCAUUUCGAUGAGUUUGACAGUAGUUUCUUCCCUUCUGGAGAAGUAUAAGAUAGACCCUAAACAAAUUGGUCGGCUGGAAGUAGGUAGUGAGACUGUGAUUGACAAAAGCAAAUCCAUCAAAACUUUCCUAAUGCAGAUCUUUGAGAAAUAUGGAAAUAGCGAUAUCGAGGGUGUUGAUUCAACAAAUGCAUGCUAUGGAGGAACUGCUGCUUUGUUCAAUUGUGUGAAUUGGGUGGAGAGCAGCUCAUGGGAUGGGCGAUAUGGACUUGUUGUUUGCACAGACAGCGCUGUAUAUGCUGAAGGACCUGCUCGGCCUAGUGGUGGAGCUGGCGCUGUUGCCAUGCUAAUUGGUCCUGAUGCUCCCAUUGCUUUUGAAACCAAAUUGAGAGGAAGUCAUAUGGCUCAUGCGUAUGACUUUUACAAGCCAAAUCUUGCCAGUGAAUAUCCAGUUGUUGAUGGAAAGCUUUCUCAAACUUGUUACCUUAUGGCCCUUGAUUCUUGCUAUAAUCUCUUAAGUCACAAAUAUGAGAAACUGGUGGGAAAACAAUUUUCUAUUUCUGACGCUGAAUACUUUGUAUUUCAUUCUCCAUAUAACAAGCUUGUACAGAAAAGUUUUGCUCGUUUGGUGUUCAAUGACUUCUUGAAAAAUCCCAGUUCUGUGGAUGCGAUUGGCAAAGAAAAGCUGGAACCUUUUGCAACAUUAUCUGGUGAUGAGAGCUAUCAAAGUCGGGAUCUGGAAAAGGCAUCCCAGCAAGUUGCAAAGCCGCAAUUCGAUGCAAAGGUGCAACCAACCACCUUGAUACCAAAGCAAGUUGGCAACAUGUACACCGCAUCUCUUUAUGCAGCUUUUAUUUCACUUAUUCACAACAAGCAUAGCACAUUGGACAGUAAGAGGGUGAUAUUGUUCUCAUAUGGAAGUGGCUUAACUUCCACAAUGUUCUCCUUGCAACUACGUGAAGGUCAAUUUCCAUUUAACUUGUCAAACAUUGUCAAAGUGAUGGAUGUUGCUGGAAAAUUGAAGUCAAGGCAUGAGUUUUCGCCGGAGAAAUUUGUUGAAACCAUGAAGCUAAUGGAACGGAGGUACGGUGCGAAGGAGUUUGUAACAAGCAAGGACACAAGCCUUUUAUCUGCAGGCACAUUCUAUCUCACUGAAGUUGACUCCAUGUAUAGGAGAUUCUAUGCUAAGAAAAGUAGUGAAAAUGAUUUGAUGAGCAAUGGUCACUGAUGUUUACUUAGAGGAUGUGUAAUACCUAGAAGCCAUUAAGUCAACUGUGUGUAGCAUUUAGAGGUUAUUAUUGUUUACACUAUAGGCUUUUUUAGGAACACUAAUUAUGACUAGAGUAGCAGUAUAUUGAUUUGUCAAGUAUGUUACUUUAAA